AUGGAAUGGGACUCUAGUUUUGGAGAUGAUAAAUCUUUUAUUUUUGCGAUGAUGAAGGCUGAAAUCGAAGACGCACUCGGAGAGAUCUUCGCUGAUCGUUCAGGAUACAACGGAUUGGAAGUCACAAGUUUCAGCGCAGGAAGCAUUAUCGCCGACGUCACUGUUAAGUACCUCUUCCAGGACUACCGCAAGAAUUCUUUCGAGCAAGAAACCUUCUUAUCUCAGCUAGAGGAACAAACAAAAGAGAUUAUCAAGGAAAACAAGGACAUUCUCAAGGAGCGACGACUUGAUGUUUCCUCUGUCGAUAUCGUCCGUGCAGAAUAUGAAAUUCUAGGGAAGAGGCCAGCAAAUCACUUUUCUAGUUAA